AUGUUCUGGGGAGGCGUGAUGGCGGGCAUCUCCUCCGCGGCGAUCACCCACCAGCUUGACGUGAUGAAGACCUGCCGGCAGGUCGGCAUCCCGAACCCCGAGACCCUGAACGGCUACCUGGUAGGCAUUGUCAUGGGCUCGAUUGCCCAGGGUUCCCGCUUCGGCGUUACGCUGGUGUUGAACGCCACCCUCCAGAAGAAGCUCGACUCCUGGGAGAAGAACUUCAAGAAGGGCUCCUGCGCGCAGGUUGUCGUGGCCUUCCUCUUCAGCAUGCUGGCGGGUGGAAUCGGCGAGAUGCUCACCAACCCGUUCGGGGUGAUCAAGAACUACCAGAUCGCCAACGGCGUCAGCAUCCUGACCGCCGCCCAGGGCCUCUACGACCUCGGCGGCCUCGGCCGCUUCUUCAACGGCGUCGGCUUCGGCGUGUUCCGCAAGUCGGCCGCCAACGGCAUCAUGCUUCAGACCAUCGGACACGUCAAGACCGCCCUGAAGAAGGCAUCGCCCGACUUCCUCGCCAAGGACUCGGGCAAGGCCGCCCUCGGGUUUAUCUCUGGCAGCCUGACGGGCGCCUUCGCGGAGGUGAUGACGAACCACCCCGACCAGGUGAAGACCAUGACCCAGACCGGCGUCCCCAUGAUGGAGGCGCUGAUCAUCGCCACCAAGAACCCGUUCCGCGGUGCGCUCUGGGCCGGCAUCCGCAAGGGCGCGAUCCGCGGCAUCAACUGGGGCUGCCUGGAGAUCUUCAUGGCCAUGAUCGAGGGCGGCUACAGAAAGUUCAGGAAGAUGGCCGCAAGCACCGUCAAGACGGGCACACGCGUGUCCGAGUUCACCCGCGAGACCACGCCAAUGUGA